CAGGGCCGGAGGAUCCGUCAAACCGGAAGUCGUCGUAGCUGGCAGAGCUGUUUUCCCUCGAAGAUUGAGAGCUCGCUAGAGGUGGACGACAGUUUGACCAGUUUCAAGUCACAGCAUCAUGAGCAAGAGGAAGAUGGAAAAUACCCGUUUGCCAGUCGGGGAAUGCAUCUCACAGGUUCAGGAGAUGUUAAGGGAGCGGCUUUGUCACCAGCAGCUCCCCGACAGGCCGGAGGGAGUGGAAGCUCAGCACAAGCACCUCCUGGAGCUGCUGAAGCGGACCGCCGUCCACGGGGAGAGUAACUCUGUGCUCAUCGUCGGCCCCAGAGGAGCAGGCAAAACAAUGCUGCUGAAGUGUGUGCUGCGAGACCUGCAAGAGGAGAAAGAAGCACAGAAGAACCUGCUCCAGGUUCACCUCAAUGGUCUGCUGCAGACGGACGACAGAAUAGCCUUAAAAGAAAUAACGCGGCAGCUCCACCUGGAGAACGCCGUCGGGGACAAAGUGUUUGGAAGCUUUGCAGAGAAUCUGGCCUUCUUGUUGGAGGCACUGAAGAAAGGCGACCGCAGCAGCAGCCGCCCGGCGCUGUUCGUUCUGGACGAGUUCGACCUGUUCGCCCACCACAAGAACCAGACGCUGCUCUACAACCUGUUGGACGUCUCCCAGUCGGCCCAGGCUCCCAUCGCCGUGGUCGGCCUCACCUGCAGACUGGACGUCCUGGAGCUGCUGGAGAAGCGCGUGAAGUCGCGGUUCUCCCACCGUCAGAUCCACCUGCUGAGCAACCCGACGUUCUCGCAGUACCUGCAGCGGGUCCGGACCCAACUGAGCCUGCCGGACCACUUCCCGGACCGCAAGUUCGCUCUGGACUGGAACGCCAGCGUAGAGACUCUGUGUGAAGACAAAUCGGUGGAGGACGCUCUACGGAGACACUUCAACUCCAGCAAGGACUUCCGCUCAAUGCACAUGCUGCUGAUGUUGUGCCUGAGCCGGGUGUCCGUCGCCAAACCCGGCAUCAAACCCGCGGACCUGGUGGAGGCCAGCAGGAUGAGUUUCGCCGACGCCAAGGCGAACAUGCUCCACGGUCUGUCCAUCUUGGAGCUGUGCCUCAUCAUCGCCAUGAAACACCUCAACGACGUCUACGAGGGAGAGCCCUUCAACCUGCAAAUGGUUCACAACGAGUUUAAGAAGUUCCUGCAGAGGAAGUCGAACUCCAUGUAUAAAUUUGACCAGCCGGUCAUCUUGAAGGCCUUCGAGCACCUGCAGCAGCUAGAGCUCAUCCGACCGGUCGACAGCUCUUUGGCCAAAACUCAGAGGGAAUACCAGCUGAUGAGACUCAUGCUGGACCACAGUCAGAUCAUGGAGGCCCUGCAGAAGUACCCACAAUGCCCCACGGACGUCAAGCAGUGGGCCAUGUCGGCGUUCGGCUAGCAGUCUGCAAACGUUUGGACUUCACGUGGACCUUUGUUUGCUGUGUUUUGUGUCCAGCACGGCAGUGAAAGUCACAGAAGAUGUGAAGUAAUACCUCAGAGGUUUUGGGGGAAAGCGUUGAAAACAACACGGACGAAAGAAUCUUCCGAGGUCGCAGAAACUGAACCGGAUGGCGGCGCCGACUGGGCAGAAAACAUGGCCGCCGGGAUGUGAAAUCAGUCAGGAUUAUUUGACAUGGACUCAGAAUAUCACAUUUACUGUGGGGCUGAGUUUGGAGUUUACUUUAAAUAUUCAGUUAUCACAAAACAAAGAAACUAAGUUAUGCAUUAUUGUUGUUGAUGAUAUGAUAAAAUAAUAAUGUGUAUUACUUCAUGAUAAAAUGCAGAGUAAAACAAGACACCCGUUAUAUUUUAGCCCAAAUUUCUUCUUUGAAUUUAACAUUUAAAAGUCUGGAAACAAGUGUGAAUGCUGCCACCUAGUGGUCCAGUUUGGUAUCGUUGGUUAAAAGUCCAGUGUCUGCGAUGGUGACACCUAAUUGGGAGCGCAGUGGGUUUUCCUUCUGUUUACAUCUUAUAGACAGAACACACUGCACAUCAUAUGCAGCGUAAUAACACUUAUCUAUUAAUAACACAGAAGAGCCUGAAGACCACUGGUUCCUUCAGUCCUGCAAAGGAGACGCAUGCAACAAUACGUUGACUGUUUUUAAAUUAUAGUUGCUUUGUGACAGUAAUUUAUUUAUUUAUUACUUCACUAAAGACCUGUUCCUUCUGAUAGAUAUUUCUGUUCUUGCUCGAGGACACCUCCAGCUGGAAGAGAGGGAAAUCUCACUUUAACUGAUAUUAUAUCACAUUUUUAAUAUGUCCGUGCAAGUUUUUCUUGUAAAGGAAUCAAUCCUGUGAGAUAUAGGCCAGUUAAAUUAAAUUAAUUUGAAUAACUUAACCCUUUGUUUAUUUUUUAUAUUAGAAUUAAUUUUGGUAUUGGAGCUGGCCUGUUAACUUAAUAACCUAUUGGCUGAUUUAAAUUCAAAUUAUUUUACAAAGUGAUAGUAUGUUUUGUGCAUGAAGCAAAGCACCUUACCUGUAACACUAAGUAGGUAUUUAAUUAUCAUGUCAAAGCAAAUACAUCUUCUGAAGUUUUAAAUAAAUACAUAUGUUGACUAAAGGACUUCUACCUUCUAUCUGCAGGAGGAAGGAACAAUGUGAUUCAGUCAGUGGAAAAAAGAAAAAACAUCAGCAUUCACAAUCUAAAAACACAUUUAUUUACAUCACGUGGAUCACUUCAGCCGAUAAAAACCGAGAGGCGCAGCGCUGAUCUGGGAUCUGUUUCGUCUCCUCUGUGCUAACGUUUCCAGGGUUUCUGAAGGGUUCUUCAAUACUUUUCUCUUUUCCUCCCAGGGAGGUCAAAGGGCAGGGUGAGAACACCUACUGCGAACACAAGUUCCAUUUUCACAUAUCUUAGUCAGUAAAUCAGUAAAUCAGUCACAUGUAUCAGGAGUAAAGAAAACAAAUAAAAGAAAAUGUUCAUCAGUUUAGAGAAUUUUUUUUGG